GAAUUACUGAUAUGAUUAUUGAUAUAAUUAUAUGGUUACUGAUACGAUGUUGAUGACCUCUAAAACUGGUCGGCUUUAGGUAACUACCAAGGCGGUGACGUCAAUGCCCCUAUACUGGGAUGCGAUCUAUUAAUGGAGAAGCAUGGAAAGGCGAAGGCUGAGAUACCCUUGAGAUACCCGCUCCGGAUGAAAGUCAACGGCGGCGUAGCUGAAGCCAAGCGUCGAAUCAGGCCAGGAUCCGCCUAAUAUGCCUCGUGGUCAUUGUCCUUUUGUACCAACAGCAUUUCGAAACUCUUGGCCUAAUUUUCAGGUGGCUCAACAUUGCUGUGCCGCUUUUCGAGGUCUUCAUUAUUUUAAUCGUCUUGUACCUCAAUGAUAUAUCAUCAUCGACUAUGUUGGCAUCUCUAAUUCAACGAGUCUUAUUCUCUAAUUUCAUCAGUCAUAUAAUAUCUCAAUAACACGAAAAGAUGAAGAACUGGGCCCCCGUUUUCUCUGUCGCGUCACUGCUGCUGCCUCUCGCAGCGGCGGACUGCGAUAAAUUUACUUUUCUGAACGGUACUGAUGCGUCUGGCCAAACUGAGUACUAUAACAAUGACUUCACAAUAUCAUCAUACAUCAACUGUACGGCGGACACUGCGACACAAGUUAGUGGAAACAAGACGGUGUGCGAAUAUCAACCUUACGGAGCGGGGUUGGUAGCGCACCCUCAAAUCCGAAACGUCACAAUCAGCGAUGAUGACGAUCGCGAAGAUAUUUUCGAGUUAGUACAAGAAAUGAUAAGCGAUAAGGCAUCAGCUACCACAAAUUUCAAUUUGACUAUCGUCAUGAACCACACAGCUGGAAUCACGAGUUUUGGUGUCGGUGAUUCCGGGUACGUGGCUUUCAUGCCCAUGAUGCGGUGUUGGGAGGGUACAUUAUCGGAUUGCGACGACGAUGAUAACCUUGAGGGAAAGACAGCGCGGGUUUGCGGUUUAAAAUGGCUGGACGAAUUCCAGAGUAGCAAGGAUGCUGGAGUGCAGACCUACGAUGGUACCGAGUACUUCGUAGGGACUGAUACUGGAAACGGCAUUCAGUCAAGCCCUCCGUAUUCUGACGUUGCCAACCAGGCUACAAACGACGACGAUGACAGUGCUGCCACGAGAAGCUUGGUUAGCGGUAUGGCCGUAAUGAUUGCGUUGAUGAGCUUAGCAUGUGCGGUUUUAUUGUAAAUAACUAUGCCUAAUACCCCAUUUGAUAUUUGAAUAGUCAUAGCGAGCGUUAGUAAAUGAUAUCGAUGUUAAUGAUGUGCCUUGACGAAAUGUGAAUAAUAUGCUUCGAAAUGAUUACUUUCUAUAAUAACAGUGGCACAUUAUGC